AUUUGUCAGAUUUGACAACCGCAGUUGUAUGUGCUAUGCAAGUAUGCAUGGAUGUCGUUCACUGUUUCUGAGAGUAUUUUCAAGGGAAAUUGAAAAGUACACAUACUAACAAAUAAGGGUACGCAAUACAAAACUUCAAAAUGUGUGGUGGUUUUACAUGCUCCAAAAAUUCGCUUAUAGCCUUGAACAUCUUAUAUAUUUUGGUGGGAUUUAUUCUUAUAAGCGUUGCUGUAUAUGGAAGGGCUGCUCCUAUAGUCUCUGACCUACCCAUAGUUGGAGUUCUAAUAGCAUGUGGAAUUAUAUUAAUUAUGAUUUCAAUGUUGGGACUUCUGGGGGCGGUAAAACAUCACCAGGUUAUGCUUUUUUUCUACAUGGUGAUACUUUUUCUGCUUUUCCUCUUGCAAUUUUCUGUAGCAUGUGCCUGCCUAGGGGUGAAUAGGGAACAGCAAGAACAAUUAGCAGAGCAAGGCUGGAACAAAGGAGGUAAUGCAACAAGGAUAAAAGUACAAGACACUUUUACUUGUUGUGGUUUUGAUGAGAAGAUUGACAAACAGCACCCUCCUCCAACAUGUGAAGAAGAUCUAAUGCUGAAAUGUUGUCCAGAUCCCAAUAUUGAAGUUGAUUGUGAAUGUCCAAAGUGUAUGACUAAGCUGAGGAGUAAAAUAAGUUACGCUUUCAAACUUUGUGGUUGGAUAGGUUUAUUCUUUAGUUUUACUGAGUUUAUGGGAGUCUUGCUUACUGUAAGAUAUCGUAAUCAGAAAGAUCCCAGAGCUAAUCCAAGUGCAUUCCUCUAGUCUGAAAACUACAUGAGAAUGGAUAAUAGGACUGGUAUUGACGAGGCGCUAUCGCAACCAAACACAUCCAGAUUUAUAUCUAAAAGCGACUGCUGUAUUCCCAAGAAGUAAUUUCACCUAUUAAUUCUAGUCUAAACUUUAUAGGUUUUCCUAAAUAAAAUGCCAUAAUAUACCAAAGAAGAUCAAUUCUCUCAUUUGUGGUAAUUUUUUGUUCACAAAUAGAUCACUGUCAUUUAUAAUUGUAGUGAAGGAAUAUUCUUUUUUCAACUGUAGAUCUCAUUUUUAGCUAGGCUAAUCACUGAGGUAAUUUUGUUGGGUAGUUUCUUUAAUAAUAUUAGAAAUAACUUUAUUACUCUUCGUUUGACGGUGCAUAUCAAUUAACAGUUCGAUACUGUAAAUAUGUUGUUCCAAGACCUAUAGCUAUUAAAAACAGUAAAUGUGUGAAUACAAAGUUUCGAUACAUCAAAGAGUAAAAUAACAGUGGCUGCUUAGGUCAAAAAAGAAUGUUCCUUUAGUGCUUUCUAUAAGAGUUUAUGGAAAUACAGAUCAAGUUAUUCCCGAUAUUUGAAAAAGAAUUAAUAAUGGUUUAAUAAUUGAUAAACAGAAUUUGAAUCAAUUUUCAGCAACUGACUGAGAUUGUAAGUGUGGGUUAGUAUUAGGUUAAGAGAGUAUUUUGACACUGGCCUAAAAACGAAGAAUUGAUAAAUAUGUAUAACGAUCUGUGGUUCCUUAUCUCAUCAUUAAUUAUCAAAUUUUCAUCUCAUCUCAUUACUUUGAAUUGUCUGAGGAAAGAUUGUUAAGAAUAGUUGUUCUGCUCAUUUAAUGAAUCUGAAAUAAGUAUAAUGAUUAGAGAUGUAUAAUUUUUUUCAACUUAGAAUUUAAGUUCAUAUAGAACAAAAAUAAUAAUAAGGCUAAUGAAUUUUGAUGUUCUUUGAAUUAUUUUAAUCAGAAUUAAUUUCUAAUUCGGUAGAAUGCUGUUGGUGUUGUUUUAGAUCACCAAAAAUUAUUGGCUGUUUUUGAAUAAACUCUAAAGUUUUCGGCUGUAAUUUUGGAGCAAGUACUACACAGCUAUUUAUAGGUGAUAUAUUUUGGUAUAUUAAAAGAGAUGCGUAAUUUUGAUAAACUGAAGUUUAGAGAUAUUUAAAAAUGUUUUGGAUUCUAUCAAGAUAGCCAUACUAAAAUUGGAAUGUUAUUUAUCUCAUAUAAGAGGCUAGAUUUUCAAUUCCUACAGUAUUUAUUAUUAAUUAUUUAAAUCAUCAAUUCCAUCACAAUAUUAUAAAAUACUUAUUCUUCAAUUAUCCUACAGUCUUACGUAAAUGUAAAAGCCAUUUAAAUUGAGGUUGUAUAGAAUUAUCUUUGAAAGUGCUUGUUCUCUGUAAGCGAAAAAUUUUUUAUUUAUUAAGCUUCUAAUUAUUUGGAAAAAAAUUGCUCAGUGGUUGAUGUUCUUAUCGUAAAAUAUUAUCUUUAAUACAUGUACAUCCUUCAUUUCAAAUCUCUCUUGAAAUGAAAGAGAAAAAGAAAAAAAUCCUCGUUUAAAAAUAUAAUGUGUACCUAAAGUA